UGGGAGUAACAUCCUGAAAAAAGGGGCAAAGAGAUAAGAAUUGGUUGCGGCAAACAGAAAUAUGUUGUUGUCAAGCUUUAAAGAACAUUUCACAAUAAAGAACUAAGCUUCUAGAUUAGCCUGCAAAAUAUUGAAACAAACCCCAUGAGUCAUCCGGGAAAGAAUGAAUAAAGUUUUAUGGAAAAUUUAAGAACACAAACUCGAAUAGACCUGGGCUUGCAAAUUUUUUUAAGGAACUUUCAAUUAAUGAAAGACUAGCUCCCCUACGAAGCCAGCUAUGCGGGCUUGCCAGUGGCCCUAGGUUAGGGUACAUAGAUUAGCCUCGGAAAAGACAGCGGAGUAUUAACCUCAAUUUGAAAAAAUUAGCUUCGCACAAGUCACAUGAUAAAAACAUUACUUGCACUGCUGUGACUAUCGCUUGGAAGGGGGGAGCCUCUACCCCUGCUCCUUUCAGGUGACCCCCUGACUGGAUGAUAACAAUACAGUUGUUUUUCACACAAUAACAUUGUGUUUUGUAAGCAUCCUCUAUAGGGGGUCACCUUCUUUCCUCGUGGUCACCAUAGCAGCCAAACAAAUUAUUUUUCCUAGCAUUUAUUGACGUCAUAACUUGACGUGGUCAGUCUCAGGUCAACCAAUGGUACAGCAGCACAAAAAUAAUGACAUAGCAUAUACAAGUAUCAUAGAUCCUCUCUCUUCUUUAUCACAAAACAAUGUAUUUAAAUAUUUGUGUUGAUGUCCCCCUUAUCUGUUGGGUGGUUUAGUAUGUUUUUUUCUAUUUCUAAAAUAGAUUUAUUUUUUUCCAUUUAGUAGGAAAAAAUGGGAGUAGUGUUUUCAAUAGAUAAAAUUAGAAUUUCUCAUACGAUUGCCUAUAAAAUGGGGUUUUAUCUACACAUAACUAUUAAUUGGCACCUGCAACAGAAGUACGCUACUUUGAAAUAAGACAAAAAUUUAAUAAUGAAGUUUGUGAAAGUUACACAUCAUGGUUACACAAAGGUUUGUUUACAGAUAAAUGUAUAAAUAAAUUCUUGUUUAGAAAUAUUUUGUAAAACACAUUUUAUUUGGUAAAGAUUUCGCUUGUCAAAAAUGAGUUUAUUUUAUGCACAUAGAUGCAAUCUAGAAUGUGGUGACAAAUAAAUGUAGUCUACUGUAUAACAUGCCAAACUCAUUUUCGCUCAGAUUUUUCAAAGGAUAAUUUAGAGAAGAGAAGAAGGGACUGCUCCAUUUAAAUCAAGGGUAGCCCGUCGAUUCGAGAUCAACGAGGAUAUGGAGUUCCUUUUCACUGAUGAUCAAAACCGCAAAAUUGAUUGCAUCAGAGCACAUAGGACCACACUGCAGGUCCGAGUCAUGGGGAAACAGCGGGAGAAAGCCAGGGAGAAUAAAAAUAAACACGGGCAAGGGAGAUUCGUAAAAAGGAGAGGCUCUUUAAACGAGAAAAAAGGUCUGGCAACUACCUUGAUUCUGUUAAAUUUAAAGCUCAAAGAAAGAAAGUGAAACAUAUUAUAAAGAAAGCUCAUGAUGAUUAGAGUCUUACAAGUACAGUCUUACAAGUAUCUGGGUGUAUAUAUUUGUAACGAUAUGCGUUGGAAUAAGACAGUUGAUCUGGUAGUUGGGAAAGCAAACAAAUCCCUUGGAUUACUGCGGAGAAAUUUUUCUACUUGUUCACGGCAAAUAAGAGAAAAACUUUAUUUUGCGCUUGUGCAAUUUUGAUGAUGAUGAUGAUGAUGACAAUAAUAAAAAAUUUUCGAAAUUCCAAAAUGCAUCAUCUUUGUUUAUUUAAAACUAUUUAUUUAAAACUGUUUAUUUAUAUAAAAUAUAAUUUACUUCUGAAACAAUUAUUAAAGUAUGAGAAUAAUUUCACAAGAACCCAUUGCAAGUAUGGAUGUAUUGGAAAGAUUGAAACAGUUAUUGAUCGAUUGUGCUUUGGAUACCAUCUAGGCGUAUUUUUUUCUCGCUGUCUAGAGAAUGGUUACUUACAAGUCUGCCAGGAAAGCCUAGGGGCCAGAACCAGAUCGUAACACACAACCUUCGAAAUUUAUUGUGGCAAAAGAAUUGUUUAAUUUUGCUGAAUGAACCGUGCUGAAAGAGACAGGGUCAGACUCUUAAGGUACUGCUGAUAAAUUUUAUAUAGGGGUUCUUUUUAUGCUGCUGCUACUGGGCUGGACCUAGCGACUCAGGUGGUAAAUUACUGCAAAAAGUUUGUUCUGUUUGCAGACUGGCCCCUCUGGAUGCUGCUAAAAUACUUAAUUUUACACCGCAACCUGACCAUUUUCUUUCUGUUUUUGUGUAAUGUGAUUUAAAUGUAGAAUUCACAAAAAAUACAUUGUUCUGAAUUUUACUAGAACUAAAAUAUUCAUUCAAUGAUUCAAUGGUUGCCUAUCUUUGUAAUAUAAUGUUUAUGGAUGCAUUUUAGUUUGUUUGAAUAGCUAUUUAAUUUGUUUUAGAUAACAUGUUAUUUAUUUGCAAGUUGAAUUUCACUUUUGCUGUAAUUUAAUUUAAAGAACUAACUUUAAAAAAGAUAAGAGAGGUUUUAACAGUUAGAGGAGUCAUUACUUUCUUACAAUCUUGUUACUGAUAUUGUUACCAAGCAGAAUAGGAUUUGUUGUGACAGCCUCUGGUGAAAGGUUUUGUGCUAUGGUGGUCUGUUGUGUUCUAUUUUGAAACAUAUUUGACUUGCUGCAUCUUUGGAAAUUUUAUGUGGUUAAUCAUAAGGGCUACAUGGGCCCUUUUGUCAUACACUGCACUUUUGUUUUGGAGAUGCAUCUCCUUUUUUGUUUUAUUGAUACUAAGCCAAUGACGAACAAGGUUUAUUGAGAAUGCAAAACCAGAAGUCAAAAUCUUGAGAUAUAUUUAUUUGAACAAGGUGGUACUAGGAACUGAAAAUGCUGUCCAAUAAAGUAUGUUUUACAUUAAGUUAGUACAGACAGUAAAAGCAGAUAGAAUCUGUUUUUAAUGCAUGUCAAAAUGCAGCAAUUGGUAUGAUGUAAUGUCGUUUAACAGGAGUUGGAGUAAUGGAGUAGCUAACUUUGGUUAACAUUCCUGUGGAAUGAAAGAUUAUGGAGCCAAAAAAUUAUAUUCAUUUUCUUUGGCGUAAGAAAGUGCCUCUGAAAGCUAAGCAAAGGGAAGUUUAGUAUAAAGUGUCAGGCCUCAGAAGAUUCAAAUUUAAAUUUGAUGGAUCUACUGAAUAGACAGUCAUCCCAAAGAAAUUCUUCUUCCAUGUAUUUCCAAAUGAUGAACAACAAAUCUAAAACAGAUAUGCAGACUUUGACUUUGAUGCAGAAAUAUUUUACUCUAAAGCAGUGCAAUUAUCAUAUGCCUAAAGAUUUGAUGCGUUUAAGAUAGUUAGCAUCCAGAAAGAAGUUGACUAGCCUUAGCAGUCUAUUUUUGUUACUGAAAAGGGUUUUUACCCAAUUCUUUGUCCAAGUUUCUAUAGCUUGUAUACUCUGCAAGUGCCUGCAUUUCUAGUAAUUUCAUUGGUCAACUUUUAUUAAUAAUUCUCUUCUAUGAUGAGUCUUGUGCCCUUAAAUUGUUAUCAAUAAUUUGGAUGUGCAGUGCAAUUAUCAUAUGCCUAAAGAUUUGAUGCAAUUAUCAUAUGCCUUCUUUCUUUAAAAUUCCACAUGUUAAACCAUUAGAAAACCAAGCACCAUUUGCCACACACAUUUUGUCUUGAUCUUUGUGUUAUUUUGCUAGUGUUGCUAUGCUUAUUGAGAAAUUCUUUAAUGUUGCAUCAUUGUUGUUUUUUGGGCAAUAUUAUGAGGGGGCAAGCCUAUUGUUUUGACAAGGUGACAUCACAUUUGUCCAUUCUUUUUAGAAUAAAAGACCCCUGUCUUCCCAAAAUGUUGGGGGACAACUGCCCCCCUUCAUCCCCUCUGGGUGUCUGCCACUUGUUAUUGUUUGUUUUUAUUUCUCCUUUUAAAAUUACAAUAAUUUUAAUCAUUGCAUCCAUCAAAGAAAGAAAACAAUUUCUUGGGCGUUUCCGGGAAAUGGGCAUGGUCAGUCGGUUAUAAUGAUUUUUGAGAAUGUCAAAUUUUUGUCUGGACCCGCCCCUGAUAGGCAGGAUCACCAUAUAUGCAAAGGGGCUGUCCUUCUUCAGUGAAAAAGUGCUGUUCAAGUUGGCCUUAUACCUUGACAAAGCGAGCAUACCACUGCCGUGCCUGCAUCCUUCAACAGGCCCAAAAAGUUUUGCAAUAAGGCCAUUCCUAACCACAACUGAUUGAAAUAUCAAUGCAUGGACUCUUUUGUGCCCAUUGGCCUGACAGUGCCAUUUACAAAACCUCAACAAUUUUCUAAGGCAGCCCCCUUUGCAUGGAUGGCAUCUGCAUGCAAUUUAAGAUUUGCUGGGGAUAGGUAAGGUUGAUCAAUGUCCCUUAGGAGAUGUGCAGAGUUGCUGUAAAUUGUGUUUACAACAGUGUUCAACUCCUAAAGAUUUCAUAGAGAGUUUAACUUCUAAACUGCUAAUUCAUAGAGAGUUUAAAUUCUAAUUCAUUCAGGAAAGCUAGUCGGUAAUAAAUAUAUAAUUUGUAACAUUUGUGGUUCAACGCAAAAUUUUGGUGAUAUUUUCCAUUUGCUCAUUUUAGAAAGAAUAUCCCUUUUUUCACAGCUCUGCUCCCAAAACACGGGCACUUGAAAUGGCCCCCUUUGGUAGUUUUGUCGAGAAUAUGCAGGUAUGCUAGAAUUGGAUGAAGGGCUACUGCAAAGAGGUGUGUAUGAAACAUAGGAUUCAGACAUAAGAAAUGACGAAAAUAAAAAGGAUUUAAAGAAAAACUGAGUUUAUUUUUAAAAAUGGAAUAGUUUUGAUAAAUUAGCCUUUUUAAUAAUAAACAAGGACUUUUAACGUAAUAUUUUUUCAAAGUUAUAAAAUUGUAAGUUAGAUUUUUAACAUUUCUUUUCUUUUAAGCAAGACAGGCAUUGAAAUCAGCAAAAUUUUUGCUGAAGCUUUUAUCCUGUUGAAAUAUUCGUAUUUUUAGUGAUUUACUAUUUUCUUCCAAUUGUUGUAAACAUUGUGUUGUCGAUAUUUAUUUUAAGCAAUUACACUUUACUAGAAGUUGAUUUAUUUCAUAGGAAAAGUCUCCAGACGACAAGUGUCCCCAAUCACAAGGAAAGCAGAAAAAAGGAAAGGUGAAGCGGUUUCCCUUUCAGUAGCAGUAUUGCUUAGCAUCUUCUCCAUCUAAACUGAAUUUUUAACAUUCCAUCCAUACCAAGCUUCUUUUGUACUUUCUAACAUGGCAUAGGAUAAAAACAUGAAUAGAAAAAUCUUACAUAAACAAAUACUCCUAUUUGGCAGUUUCUAGGAGAGAGAGAAAACGGAAAAGCAGGGACAGACAGAAAACAGAUGAGAAGAGUUCUAGAAAUUGUAGUCAAAUAAAGGGUAUUGAUGUCCGUCUAAACGAUCAUACAUUUGUUGUAACAUCAUUAUAUAUUUGAUUGAAAUGUUUGCAAACAAAUUUUCGUUCAUGUAGAAACUAUUGCAAACAAACUUGGCCAUGCCCAAAAUCUGUCAACAGUUUCAAAGUUGAAUCUGCAUGCCAAUUCUUACAAACAAAUUUUAUUAUAGCAGUAACCAAAUUGAAAGCGGCUGCAGGAUCACAAUGGAUUGCCUGCUAUACAUUGGUAACAUGACAAAUUCGGCAAGCUUUGCAUUUGUACUUGCUCAUGAACAAUUUGUAUUUAAUUAAACUGUAAAUUGCUCUCGAAAAAACUAGGUAAAAUGGCCCUCAAGUUGUACUUUCUAUGUCUUUGAGCAUAAGAUUUUUAAGGUAAGGACCACUCUUUUCGAAAUCCAUUAUUUUACACUUUUCCACCUUUCCUCUUGGAAUUUUCUUUGCUUGAUACAGCUGAAAGUUAUGGAUGCAGUUGUUGUACAUGAAGGCAGUAUCCGCUUGUUUGCUUCUAUGAUUGAGGGUCAAAACUGAUUCACUUUACACAGCUUCGUGUAAAUGUUUAAGAGUGACGGACCUUUAUGCCUGAAAUCCGAUUGAAUGUUUAAUGUUUAAAACAUCCUUGAAAUUAAUUCACUGUUCAUCGCAUUGAAAAAGUGUAGCUAAAGGCCGCAUGAGGUUACAAGAGGUGCUGGAGGAGAAGACAUGGCCUCGGAAGGCAACUUUCCAUUCUAGGUGUCCAGUUCGCUUGGAAGAUCUUAAUGUAGGGGAAAUUAAGAGGUUUAUUGACCCUAUUUGUGAGUCAUCCGAUGAUCACAUCAUUGAUUCCCUUAAAAUUUCUUGUAGGGAAUCAUUGGCUUUCAAGUGAUCUUUGGAACCAUUUUACCGGGUUACUGAAUAGUUCUUCUGAUGAUACCCAUUGUAUCUACUUUAAAGAGGUAAAUUUGAGCGACCCCGAAGCAUUUGGGAGAUACUUGCUUAAAAAGCCUAAAGAAGAUAAUUUUUUGCCUAAACAUUGGACAAUAGCUUGAAAAAUAAUUAUUGGCCGUCUGUGUCUACUACAUAGAAAGUAGGGUUUCAUAUUACAGAGAUUCUUGGUCUUGGGAAACUCCAGAUGAGCUGCUCUUUUUACGUGCAAAAUGUUUGAAAAGGGUUGGGUUACUUGAUGACACCCCAAUCUCCGUUAAAUCCAUGCACGCACUAAAUGCAUCAGCUAACCCAAUCAAUGGCCACAAAUGUUCUCGUAAGUGCUGUUCACAAUUCCCUUGCAAAAAGAUUGUAAUAGUUGUGGGGUUUCAACUAUUUUGCUUCGGCUACUGAAACUAAAUGUGUUGGGUUCGGCUACUUAAAGAACAUUUCUUAUUACAACUAUUUACGAGCUGUCCUUAUUACGUGGAUCAUGGGAAACAAAAUUGAUUUAGAAAUAUGCUCUGUAGGAAAUGUAAUUAGCGAUAAUCAGGUAUUUUCAAACAACACCUAACUUCAUUUAACUUGCAGAUAGUGAGCCUAAUGUAAAUCUAAGCUCAGGCGAAGAGUCGGAAGAUACAUCCCAAACAUUCCAAACAUUAGAAUUAUUAUUAGAGUCGUCUUGCUCACAUAAUUUUGAAUCAAAUGAAAAUAUAGAGCUUGACGAAAUAAGUGAAAAGAACGAUAUCAAGCAGCUUCCUAGUUGUAGCUGGGAGAGUAAAUGUUCUACACGUACCCGAAGCCAGCCCUCUAUUCUUACAAAAAGGGACUGUAUAGAUCCAUCAGCAUUUUCUGUAACUUGCACUGAGGGUGGAUUACCAAGGUGCAACAAUACUGUACAUCAUAUCCAUUACAUUUUAUGUCCUAAUUCAACGAAAUUUGAUUUCCAGUCCCUAAUAAACCGUCAUGUGUGUCACAUCCACAUCAACUAGUUUGAGUUGCCAGACCUUCUAACCUGCUUUAAAAAAUAAAAAAAAUGUAUUUAUGUAUGUAUAUACGUGCAUUUGAAUGAGUCUCGCAUUGUCACAUAUGGCGAUAAGACCAUCCUUUCUUGCAUAAAAACUAGAUAGAAACCAACCAAAAGCUAAGACAGGCAAAAUGCAUUGUAACUGCACAGAAUGUUCUGCAACUAUAGAAAGGAAAUGUAGAUUGCAAAGUCAUUUAGAAGAACAUUUUCGUCUUCCAAAAGAAUUACUCCCAUUAACAAAGAUGAUACUGGUUUGAAGAAACUAUCAUAUAAAAAGGACAAACAGGAGUUACAAGAGAAAACCUUUGUUUCUAGAAGACAAUUAAACAUUGAACGCAUUGAAUUUGAUAUUUGCCAAAGAAAGGUUACCAAAAAGAAUAUUAAUCGCCAUUAUAGAAGGUGGCAUAACCAAGAAUACACACACACUGCAGUUUUCUGUGAUAAACACGAAGUUUCCUACAUGGUUAAAAAGAAAUCUCAUGGGGGUGUGGGCUUUCCUUUGCAUGUACAAAAUUACUUAAAAGUUGGUUAAUCGAUUGUGAAGAUGAGAGGUGUCAAGAAGAGAUGCUGACUGCCGCGCCGUCAGGCAUGAACAAAAGGGAAUGCAGUCAUUUGAUGCUAGUUAAUAAUUCUUUUUUAUCCACCACUGUUUACAUUGAAUAAAGACAAACUAAUUGAAUUGGCCUCAAGUGGAAAGUAUAGAGUUUUGUCUGAGGAAACAGUUAACACAUCCAUUGAGUUAAAACACGGUUGUCAUUUUUAUAACUGUUCAUUAGUGGUUGCUUGGAAGGACCAAAAUCAUAUUAAUUUGUUGGUCUAUAACAGCAAAUAUAUGCACAUACUAAUACGCUCUCAAUCUAUAGUUUCUUACAACAGUCUAUAUGGUCGUCUAAACUGAAAGUCUAAAAAACCAAAAUAAUUUUGCGUUCACAAAGCUGUUGCCUUAUUCCUUUAUAUCCCAGUGACUGAUAUAUCAGUCACUUAGGGCUGAUUUAUACGUCGCGCUUAUCUCGCACCAAAUCUAAUAUAAUUAGAACCGACGAAAGCGCGAGUUUGGCGCGACAAAGGAGUUUGAUUUUGAUUUAGACGAUGAACUUUCGUCGUGCCAAUAGCAAAAUACACUUCUGCGAGUUGCCAGCCACAGGGAACCAAUAAACUGAAAACACUCGAAGCAAAGACAAAUCACGUAUGGCGCCCUUCACGCAUCUAAAGAAAGUGCUUCUUCUGAAGUCGCUUAUUGGAGCCAGGAGAAGACGACAGAAUAUGCAAGCAAUGAUGAUUAAUUUGAUGAACAGAAGACGGUGUAGGCUUUUGCGGAUUCUUUUUUUGCUACAGUUGAUUCUUACUGGUUUACAACAAGCAGUUGCAGUGCCUAUUAGGCCUAGGAUAAGAUCAUGCCGUAGGUUGCAGCGAAACACUGGUUGGUGGAACCUCGUUUGGACAGUAUAUUCCGAGAAAAGGUUUAAAAAGACAUUUAGAAUGACUAGGCAAACAUUUUCCUUAAUUCAUGAUAGAAUCAAGGAUGAUUUAACGAAGGAGAGCGUCACAGAAGAACCAAUUCCAUCCCAGAUGAGACUAGCAAUUUGCUUGUAUCGACUCAGUAGAGGAGACUACUACAAUACCAUUUCAGAGCUAGCUGGUGUCGGUGAAACAACUGUGUGCAACAUAGUGAGAGAGGUAGCUAAGGCAAUCAUUGAAAAUUUAUGGGAAGAAUUUGUUGAGGCCAAAUUUCCACAUAGCAAGGACACGCUGAAUGAGAAAAUGAAAGAAAUGGAACAAGAAUGGCAGUUUCCUUUUGCAUAUUCUGCAAUUGAUGGGUGUCACAUACCAAUUAAGUGCCCACCUGGUGGCCAAGAGUCAUGUAAAGAAUUUCAUAAUUUUAAGAAUUUCUACUCAAUCGUUCUAAUGGGAAUGGUAGAUGCCAAAUAUCGAUUUAUAUGGGCAAGUGCUGGUUGGCCUGGCAAUUCACAUGAUGCCAUAAUCUUUCAAGCAACAAACCUUUAUACCAAACUAGCUGAAGGUACAGCCUUUCCACCUAUUGCCCAUCAUGAGAAUGGCGUCAGUAUUCCACCUUUAAUCCUGGGAGAUUCUGCCUUCCCCUUCAAGCCUUGGCUGCUGAAGCCUUACACAAAUGCUACACUGAUGCCAGAGCAGAGCUAUUUCAAUUAUAGGUUGAGUCGUGCACGCAUGGUAACAGAGUGUGCAUAUGGACAACUGAAAGGUCGAUGGAGAGUCUUGCUCAGGAAGUCUGAGAAUGAUAAGGAAACAGUACGUGCAGUUACACUAGCUUGUGUAGUACUACAUAACAUUUGCAUCGAACAAGGAGAUUUGGCUCAAAGGCAAUGGGACCUCUCCAAAGAUUCAGCAUCAAAUCAAAGACGUACACAAGAAGAAGUCCAAGACCUUCUUAUGAUAAGGCAAUGCAGACCUCUAAGAGAUACAAAUCGUUCUGCAGCACAGGUUCGUGAUUAUUUGAAAGACAAGUUAUUUUUAGAAAAGCAGCAAGUUUAGGGGAUGCAAAGCUCCCAUACUUUCAAUACUCUCCCUCCCUUAAUAGUAUCCCCCUAACUCCAAAAUUUUACAA